GCAUUAUGUGCUUCAACGUUUUGUUUUAAAUCUGGUUAGCAACGUGUAGCCGAACAGGCCAGAUGUUCUGUGCCUUUGCACAAUAGCAAACAUGAUUAAUCGACUUGCAUCGGGGGAUAAAUAAUUAGCUCGUGCUAGCUGCAUGUGCGCGUCCAUUGUGUUAUGCUGAUGCACGAAAUGAUUCGAGAUAGGAAGUUUGUUUUUGGUUCAUGAUCACCGACAGCAUUAACAAGUCCAGUAAUGAUACUCGUCACAACAAAUGAUUAUGCAUAAAUCUAGGCAGGUAAUGUUACAGAGAGAUAGAAAUGUAAAAAAAUAACGAGAAAAGGAAACGAAUGGCUGUAAGAAGUACGUUGCAUUCUUAGAAGAAACUGGUCUAAACUUUAAUUUGUUUAGACCAGUGCCAGGAGGAGAUUCCAGCCAUGGAGAAGACAGCACCAGACACAGCAAAGAAGACAAACACUGCCACCUUGUCUGGAGAAACCAUUUCUUCACCGUGUCUGGAGAAAGACUUGGAUAAAGACUUAGAUAAAGACUUGGGUGACUCUGAUUUAGGCAUCCAUAGUUGUGAGUUUUGUGGGACCAAUUUUGAAUCCAGACGAGGUCUCUCCAGUCAUGCCCGGUUUCAUCUCAGACAAAUGGGAGUGGCUGUGUCUGACAGUAGUGGAGCCCCAAUAGAUCUCCUGUACCAAUUAAUGAAAGAAAAAGGUGGAACUCUCCCCAAGCUCAAAAAACAGGUCAAACCUGUUCAAAAAUUCAAAACAAAGUCCCCCAACCUCAAAAAGGACACUGGGCCCAAACUGAAGAUUAAAAUAUCCAACCUCGUAAAGAAAAAAUAUGCCCUUUCCUCAUCUUCCCCCAUUGCUGUAAAGGGAUCAGCAGCAUCUGCUCGUUCUUCUUCGCCUUUCGCUGUAGGGAAGCCUCGUAAAGUGUCUUUAAAGAAGGUUGUAGUGUCUACUCCAACUUCAGCCUUGUCUGUUCAUAAGGAAGUGGAAUACAGGCUCAGUGAUGGCAGUCCGUCUACCUCCCUCUCAGUGGCCUCAACCAAGCCUCUCUGGGCCCCUCAGGAAACAGAUGCCCCACUCAAUUUAGAAACUAUGUUGAAUUCUACUGUGAGGGAUGACACCCAUGUAUGUGAAUUAUGCGGAGCGUGGUACGAGACCCGUAAAGGUCUGUCCAGCCACGUGCGGGCCCACCUGCGGCAGUUUGGUGUGAUUUUAGACUCUAAGGGUUCUCCUAUAGACAUGCUUCAUAAAUUUAUUCAGAGUGAGGACUUUAAGGAAAAGGCCAGUGCUGUGCAUUGGGAAGGGUCGGAUUUCGACGAUUACACAUCACCCUCCUCCACUCCUUCCACCUCAUCAGCCAUCAGCAAGAAUCCCCCUCUUGCUCCUCUGUCAGUUAAAGGACUGACAUCUAUUCGUCCAACACCUCCCCCAAUCAAAAAGAAGAACAUUUCUCAGGACAUUUCAGGAAACUUGCCCCUCAGCGAUAAAGUACUAUUUAAAUCCCCUCCUUCAGCCAAAACGCAGAAGAUUUCACAAGAUGUUUCAGAGAACUUGCCACUCAGUGGCCAGAUAGAAUUGAAAUCACCACCCUUAAAGAAAAAGCAGAAGAUUUCACAAGAUGUUUCAGGGAACUUGCCAGUCAGUGGCCAGAUAGAAUUGAAGUCACCACCCUUAAAGAAGAAGAAGAAGAUUUCUCUAGAUGCUUCAGGAAUCUCGCCCCUCAGUGAUAGUGCAGAAUUAAUAUUAUCGCCCCCAAGCAAAAAGCAGAAGAUUUCUACAGAUGUUUCAGAGGACUUGUCUUUCAGCAAGAAAACAGAAUUGAAAUCACCUCCCUCGGUGGCGAAGCCGAAGAUUUCUCCAGAUGUUUCAGCGAGCUUGGCCCUUGGCAAAAACGCAGAUUUUAAAACACCCGCUCAAGGUGAGCCAUCCAAAGAUGUCAGCUGUGAAUUCUGUCAUGAGAAGUUUAAGAAAAGUCAGAGCCUGGCCAGUCAUGCACGCUAUCAUCUGCGUCAGAUGGGCAUCACCGAGUGGUCCGUCCACGGGUCUCCCAUGGCCACUCUGCGAGAGGUCAUGGCCCAGCGUGGUAGUUCUGCGGGAUCUCUCAGUCCCCUUGGUCCGCCAUCACUGACCCCACCUGUAUCCCCCUCUGUACCUCCUUCUGUACCCCCUCUCCUCGCAUCCCCUAAACCCAUUACCCAGCCUUCCUCUCCUUCUCCUGUUCCUCGCAAAGUUCCAAAGGCCAAGAAAGGCUUCAGGACUGUGAUACCAAAACCAAAGGACGAGCCUGUGGAAGUGGAUAUAUCUAUCAUAGAGUCUCCUAAGCCACAAAGUGCUCCCACCAGCCCUUUAACACCUCUGUCUGACUCUAACACAGUUAGAUCACCUGUGAUUGCCCCAAAACCUGAGAAGCAGGAGCCCAAACCAUUCGUAUGCUGUGAUUACUGCGGUGAGAUGUUUGAUACUCGUAAAGCCCUGUCCUGUCACGCACGUGGUCACUUACGACAGCUGGGAGUAAGGUGGUCCCUGAAAGUCCCACCCAUAGAGGCCCUGUAUGAGCUCAUGAAGAGGGAGGGCACUCAACGGGCAUCCCAAAUCAAAUCCGAACCUGCAUCAGGGAAAAGUGCAGUGCAGUGGAAAAAAACAGCAUCCUCACCUCAGGCAUUAACUCUGUCACCCGGGAAAAAAGAGCAAGCUGCUUCAGACAGCACGUCUGCAGCAGGCUGUGAUGCUACUUGUGAACUCUGCGGCUUUGAUUUUGAGAAUCGAAAGGCACUGGCCAGCCACGCAAGAGCCCACCUGAGGCAGCAGGGAGUGGAUUGGAAGGUGAUUGGCUCUCCUAUUGAGACCCUGGCGGCCUGGAUGAAGAGCGAGCCGGAGAAGGUAGCAGAGCUUCAUAAAAGCUACAUGAAGGGGGACUUGCCUCUUGUUAAGAAGGCCUCCAGAAGAACCUCCACUCCGUACUCUUCCUCAGACUCUGAGUCUGUCCGCCUUGGUUCUCACAAAGCUUCAUCAGCAGCUCAAGACUCUGCAGGUCACCCACAGGUAUCCCAACUUUCCAAAGCAACUAGAGAAGGCAAAGCAGGGAUGAGCCACUCCUCCUCAUCACACAAGAAACGGUCUUCAUCAUAUGAACUAUCCUCAAACAGCUUGAUCCAGAUCCCCACAGCACGCAGUGAACUGAACGUUCGUUCACCUCGAGGCUGUGAACGGCGUCCUCCAAAGCAUUUAUCGCACUCUGAGAGUGUAUCAGGGGAAACUGAACCUUCAAAGCCUUCUCGGGCUGGAAACAUUCCAUCCUUGGUGCCGAGACCACCAGAGCAUAGCUUAGUAAAGCUGGUAGGAAAGGUGUACUCCCUUAAGUGCAGGUUUUGUGAGGAGGUUUUCCGAGGGCCGCUCUCCAUACAGGAGGAUUGGGUGAUCCACCUACAGCAGCACAUCCUCAAGCUGAAGAAAGAUUCAGCCUCAGCCUCAUCACCGCAGCCUCCUCUCAGUCACAGCGACGCGCCGCUGCUCAUUGGCCCUCAGGCUGUCUAGAUGCUCUUUCUGCUGUGGUCUUUCUUUUCAAAUUAUGCAAUUACACUACACUGACUUUUAAAUUACAAGUAUAGCUUUAUUACCUGGACCUUGACUGUCAACUGUGAUGUGGAUUUUGUCCUGUUUCAUUGAGUUUUUCUAAGACACUACUGAAAGAGCUUGACCACAGAAGUUUUUACACAUCAGGUGUUGUCCAGUGGUGUGAUUGGGAUGAUUUGAAUGUAUUUUACUUUUGUAUUGUAUUUCACUGUUUACAAUGUGUUACCACAUUUUAGCUGUUUUCUUGAUUAACAAGAUUUCAAACCUGUUUGAUAUUGUACUUAAAGUUUGAAACAGUACUUAAAGUGUUUAGUUUUAAAUGAGGUUUUAUUGUUUUAUGAACAAAAUUGUGUAGACCAGCAUUUGGUCAUUGAGAUGAAGAUAUUGUUCUUAUUUUUUAAUGUAGUGCUUAGAAUUUUGAAAGCAGUGCUUCUUACAAUGACCUGAUUUUUCAAUGCCAAAAAAAUGCAAUAAAACAGAUUUCUACAGAUUUUCAUUUCUAUGUAUUUUACAGAAACCAGCACUACUUCUCUGCAGGCCUUGUCAUGUGAUCCCAGCAUUAAAUGAAACUUUAAUAUGUCUUGUUUUUACUAACACUUUUUUUUUUUUUUUUGUAUAUUUUUAACAGUACCAGAUAAAUUAGUCAGCAGUGUGAUUCUAUUACAUGUACUUGUGUAUUUGUCUUUGUAAAAUGCUGUGCCAGUGUCUGGUUGGAGUAAAGGCUGUUUUAUACUCCAACAGCAAAUAUUAAAUACUUUCCAGAAUGUAUAUGGAAAUAUACAUUUCCAUAUACGUUAUUUCUCUGUUUUUUUUUCACCGUCAUCUUGGUCUCAGGUUUUGCAAGGUUUAAUUCAAUAAUCUUUGAAUUAAACUGUCCAUGGCAAGCUGUUGUCCUUGCAAAAUAAUUGAAUUAAGUGCAGUAUUAAGACAGCUUUUAUACCUGCAUUUGAUA